GGCGGCGGCGGGGAGCAGGACGGGCUGUUCGCACGGCUCAUGCUGCAGCAGCAGCUGCUGCUGCUGCAGCGGCCGCAGCAGGCGCAGCAGCAGGCGGUGCUGCAGGCGCACCGCCGCGAGGCGGCGGCAGCGAUGGCGGGCCUGAUGGCGGGCGGGUCGGGCGGCCUGACGCCGGAGAAGGAGGCGAUGCUGGAGACGGCGCGCAUGGCGGAUUGGUGGGCGGCCCGGGCGGUCGCGGCGACGGCGCGUGCGCUUCUCGCGGGCGGCCGCGGUGGCGGUCUGGCCGGCAUGCUCGCCGGCCUGGGCAACGGCGGCGCCGGCUUUGUCGGCGGCAGCAGCAAGCAGCAGCAGCAGGCUGACCUGGACGGUCGGGUGGCUGCGGGCGUGCGGCAGUUUGGGGAGCUGCUGACGCUGCGGCGGGCAAACGAGGCGGCGGCGGCGGCAGCUGCCUCGGCGAGGCCGGCAGCGGCGGCGGCUGACGGCAAGCCGGCUCCUGCGGCGGAGGCCGCGGGCGGAGGCCAAGGCGCGGCGCAGCCCCGAACAGCAGCAGGAAGGCGGCACACCUGGCCGUACGCAGUCGCCGGCGGCUGCAGCCGCGGAUGGUGCAGCGGCCAAGCUGGCAGGCUUUGGCGAGGCGGACGGCAGGAGCAAGGCCAGUGGUGACGACAAGGCUGAGCAGGCCGCUUAGCAGGCGACGGACGCACGUGGGGUUGCAGGUGAUCAGGGCGCUGCCUCUCUGACAGCGAAAAGCCGAUCCGCAGCCGCUGCCGCCACCUCCGGAAGCAAAGGCAGCAGGGCACCGUCGGGGUCGAAGGAGCGGGAGGGCUCGGUGCCGGCGGCAGGCAGCAGCGGCGGCGCGGCAGCUGGCGCGAAGGCCUAUGCCGCCGCUGAAUCCAACGGCGGCCCGGCGCAGGCGGGCGGUGUUGGGACAGCUGCCGCCGCGACGGGAGCCGCCAGCGGCCCCUCCAAGCCCGUUCAGCAGCUCUUGGCACAGUUAGCGGCGGCGGCGCACAAGCAAGAGGCGACGGCAGCAGCCGGCAGAACAGCAAAGGGCAGCGACACGGUGGCCAGCAACGGCGGCGUCGGCAGCGCCAGCAGCGCUGGAGGCGGCCAUGGCGGCGGCGGCAGCGCAACGAGCAGCCUGGAGGCUUUGGCUUAGCAGGCGCUGACGAACGGCGGCGUGAGUAGCUGCCGCAGGCGCUGGCGGUGGCGCCGCUGUGCCUACCUGGCCUGCUGGCGGUUGCUGCACCGCACCUGCAGCCUCGCGCACCGGGUAGCGGGGCUGCGGGCGCGGCUACUGCCGGCGCAGCAUCUGCCAGCGCGGCUGUCGCUGCUGCCGCCCCCAGGGGCACGAGGGGCGCGGGCGGGCACUACCAGCUGCUGGAGUUCCUUGGGUAUGCGGUGGUGGGCUGCUGGCGGCGCUGUGGGCGUCUCGGUGAAUGGCAGAGUGGGCGCAGGGCAAAAAGGCGUUCCGGCGCUCCUCCUGAACUGUGCGGAGGUCGCCACCGCCUCAGCGGCGGCAGCGGCGGCGGCCACGGCAGGCGGCUCGUAUGCCGCCGCCGCCGCCUAUGCGCGCCUACAUGUACAGCGGGCGCCCGCAGCCGCAGCCGCGGCUGUUGCGCGCGCCGCGGGUGUUGCACAGCACCGCCCCAUGCAUGUGGCCUGGCCUCUGCUGCUGUCGGCCGUCACCGUCUGCUUCAGUGUGCCAGCGAGGACACCUACCAGCGUGCCGUCUGCAUUCACAGCAGCUGUGGCGACAUGGCGGCGGCGGAGGGGGAGGCGGUGUGGGCUGGGAUGGUGCGUGUUGAGGGUGGCGAGUGCGUGGUCGUGUGGGGCGUCGCAGCACUGCCUGGCUUUGUGGGAAGUGACGCCCAGGGAGGUGAGGAGGGGGUGGAGGGCCUUGUGGAUUGUGCCUUGUCGCAGCGACCAUUGGGUCCGCCGGUCUUUGCAUUUCCCCAGAAAGAUCUGUUUGGAUAAGGACGUCGUAUUGCAUUGAGGCAGGAGGCCACGAGCUCGGCUUUUGGCUGUCGUCCCGAAUGUGCGCCCCCUAUCAUAGACCAGGUCUAGCUUCGUUGUAAAACUUGAGCGGGGCUGCAUAAACGCAUUAGCCUUGCGUGCUUGUGUAGUCGCGGUGUAGGUGUCUAGAGGGGUGUAUUGGUGUCUAGAGUGAUGGAGACAAAGCUUACAGCUAUGACAAUGCAUGGGACCCAUGGGACCCAUCGCGCUGAGCUCGCCCCAUGACCAGCCCAACACCGACAAAUCUUCUACCGGCCAAUCUGUUCGCCAUAAUCUCAGCUCUAUACAGUACUUACACUUACGGACGGCGGGGUCAUUACCCCUCGCACCCCGCGUAACGGCUCUCGGGUAUGACACGCCGGCACGGUCCCGAUGUCUGUACUCUGGUCCUCAUAUUUACGUUGUUA